CGGACCCUAGGCGGAGGGACCUGGCGGAGCGGAAGUCACUCCGUGAGGCAGUGGCGACGGCGGCGGCGAGAGGAUGAACAACAAGUUCGACGCAUUGAAAGAUGACGACAGUGGGGACCAUGAUCAGAAUGAAGAAAACAGCACACAGAAAGAUGGUGAGAAGGAAAAAACGGAACGAGACAAGAGUCAGAGCAGCGGCAAGAGGAAGGCUGUUGUCCCUGGGCCAGCGGAGCACCCCCUGCAGUAUAACUACACUUUCUGGUACUCCAGGAGAACCCCUGGCCGUCCCACCAGCUCACAGAGCUACGAACAGAAUAUCAAACAGAUUGGCACCUUUGCCUCUGUGGAGCAGUUCUGGAGGUUUUACAGCCACAUGGUACGUCCCGGGGACCUGACAGGCCACAGUGACUUCCAUCUCUUCAAAGAAGGAAUUAAACCCAUGUGGGAGGAUGAUGCAAAUAAAAAUGGUGGCAAGUGGAUUAUUCGGCUGCGGAAGGGCUUGGCAUCCCGUUGCUGGGAGAAUCUCAUCCUGGCCAUGUUGGGGGAACAGUUCAUGGUUGGGGAGGAGAUCUGUGGGGCUGUGGUCUCUGUCCGGUUUCAGGAGGACAUUAUUUCAAUAUGGAAUAAGACUGCCAGCGACCAAGCCACCACAGCCCGCAUCCGGGAUACGCUUCGGCGAGUGCUUAACCUACCUCCCAACACCAUUAUGGAAUACAAAACCCACACCGACAGCAUCAAGGCCUGGGAGGAGUUUCAUGGCCUGGUGAACAGCAGCGGCCGCUGAUCGGACGCUCCCCCUCUGUCUCUCACACUCAGGGGACAAUUCAAGCUUUCGAAAUACAAAAAUCACAUUGUGAAAGUACACAAGCUGGCAAUAAUCCUUUUCUGUGUGUGUGUGUUUGUCCGAAGCGGACGGGAGGCCUCCGGCUGGCCCUUCCACCUGCUCACGGAGGGGCCGUCCCCGAGCCUUGUGCUCCCCUUUUGCACUCAUUCCUGGAGGACGGAUUCCGCUAGACACCCUCCAGCAUCGCUGACUUUAUAAAGCGGAAAAAAUGGAAAACGUGACUUUGUAAUAGACAAACUUUUUUUUUAAUGGGGUUCUGUUGGGGGAGUUCAGCCCUUCCUUUUUCUGUGUGCUGUCCAGAUGCCUCCCGGGCACCCUGUCGUGCUCUCCUCUGCUGUACGAAGGGCGUCGUGACCACGUGUACAAGCCAGAGCUGUCGACUGAGCGUGAUCAGUAUUAUGAAUGUCUGUGCAUCCAGGAAAAGCUUUUUGUUGGAGAGUCCCGGAAUAGCUAUAAAUGCUGUCUUCUAGAUCUGCCAUUAAAUUAUUGGGACAUUUUGUUUAUUUCACGCCCCUCUUCCCCCAAGCCCACCACUUUCGGAAGAUGUGUUACUGAUUUUGUAUUGUCUCCUGCCUUAUGCCCUCCAGUCUUCCCUCCUGUGGGACGCUUUCCUUUUAGGCACUGCUGCACGUAGAAGUUUAAUCCAGUGGGCUACACUGGUUUCACUAAGGCGGCUUAGAAGGUAUGACUUCAUAAAUUAAACUGGAGCAGAAUCCAGUUUCAUGAGGAGCUAGGUUAUAAUAGAGGUUCCAAGUACAGGAUUAGGAGCUGAGGGCAGUUUCUGAAACCGUUUUCCCAGAUGAGCAGGGCCUGUGUGUCCAGCCUGUUUCUAUGGGUUCUUGCAUGCCUCUGAUUGAGGAAGGGAAGCAAAAGCUGGUCGUUGCCAGGUAUUAACACAAUAUGGUGAAUUCUAUGAUCCAGAAACUGGGACACCUAAAGAAAAGGUGACCAUGAUGGAUGGCUUUCUGUGCAUGGCUGUACCUGUCUGCAGUGGUUGGAGAAACCUGCUCUCAGUCCUCAUCACCCAGUGUACGUGUUAGCAGAUGUGUGCCGAUCCAGGAUGCCCGGACAGAAACCUUGCAGCUGCUGCAGGCAGGCUCUAAAAAUGGGAAGGCACACAUCAGAGAAGCUGGGUGAUCUGACUCCAGAAGGACUGAAAUCAGAGAGGUCAAAGAGCACCUAGGGUUGAAGUAAGUACCGAGGACCAGUCCUGCGGCAACCUCCAAGGAGCGCUGUCUUACUUGGCUCUUGUGAGCAGAGAUCGCAGUACCUUAAAUUAAGGCCUCUCCUAAAACCUAUCCUUGCAGGCCAGGGGGCCUUAGCCACCUGGUCUCAGAGAAAUCAUAUGAGAGUAACAGGCAUUUCCUUAUUGUAUUUAUAUUACUGUCUUCCUACUUUCCAACUCCUGAACACCCUGGAAUUACCACUGUCUUGGGAUGUUUUUUCCUAAAAGAACAGGGGAGUAUAGAGCCAAAAGGGAGGUGCUUCCAUUACAGGUAAAGUUAGAUCAGAUAAGAUCUAGCAGUGACUUAAACUCCAGGAAUGUGAAGAAUAAAUUCUAGUGCCCAUACAGUUGAGAAGGGCUCCGACAGAUACAGGAGCAACAUUGGCUACAAUGGGGAGCAAAGGCUGCCUUCCGAGUUUAGACCCAGGGAGGUCUUCACUUUUGCCUAAACUCAGAUUCACCAUGAAAAUUCCAAAGAGAGCAGAUGUUUGGAUUUGCCCUCCUUUGGGCAUCUGCCUGACUAUGAUUAGUGUGUGAGUGUGGGUGCAUAUGUGUAUAACGUGUUCAUGAGUGAGGGUUUCGUUAGGCCGAGUGCUAUGGUGUAUUGUCCAUAUUUGUGUUUACUUUUUUUUUUUUUGAUCUCAUUUGUUCAGAUUUUUUAAUCUCUUGUGUUUUCUAGAGCUGCUCAUGCCUCCCCCCCCAACCUUUUCUUUGCAGUAUUCAAAAGUUAUUUUUUUCGCAUCAAACACAUGCUGGCUAGAACAAGAGUUAUUUCUGCUAGGCAGCGUCUUACCCCCAGAGCUCUCCAGCUCUUCUGCUAACAGCUUUAAAUAGGGGAUUGAAGAGUCAGUUUUUCCAAACCACCUGUUUUCCACGUUAGCUUGCGAGGUCUUUUCAAUUCUUUUUGACUCCAUGCGCCUCUGCUACACUGAGAUAGGACACAGUUACGGUUACGGUAUCACCAGUUCUAGAGACGAAGGGGAAAAGGUGCACCAGAGCCAACCUAGCAGACGUGUCAGGUUGCUGCUGGGAGGUGGGGCGUCACUGUCCCCUUUGCGCAGGCAGGCUGUUUCCAGGACCCCUCGGAAACUGGUCCCCACUCCUCUCCAGGGCUCUUCUCAUCUUAUCCCUCUAUUCACGUGCGUGUGUGUGUGUGUUUCCCUGUGACAUUGGCAGUGACCAUAAUUUUCCACCCAGAGAGAAGCUUGUGGUCCACGAUGCUCCCAGAAUGAAUUUCCAGGUAUUAGCCAGUGGAGGAGCAGAGGCUGUGACAAGAGUGAGUCAGUGUUGCACUUUCAGAGCAAUUGUCUACUGCAGUAAUAAAUGGAGAAUAUCGGCAAGAA